AUGGACGUGACCACCAUCUUGACAAUGUUCAGGGAAAUGAUGGAAGAACAGAAGAAUGUUAUCGCCAAACUGCUAGAUCGCAUUCCAGAACGCGGACAGGGAGAUUGCAAUACGACGGAGCACAUAGCACUCCCAAACUUGAUGGCAGCGUUGAGCAACCGCAUCGAAAAGUUUCAGGAGGCAGAGAUCAGGCAGAGGCUGAUCACAGUACUGGAUAGAGACCACAAAGCAGGCAAAACGGUCUCACUGCAACAAUUGCAUCAGGAGUGCGAAAACUUCUUAAGCCUUAAGAGAGACAGUGAAGUUGUCGCCGGAACUAUGAAACUAGUGGAAGCCACGUCCGUCCAGAAGCGGAAGGAAAUAGAAUGUUGGAACUGUGAAGGCAACCAUCGUGCUAGUGGAUGCCAAGCGAAACCUUGGUUCUGCAAGAAGUGCAGGAAGGUCGGUCACAAGGAAAGGUUUUGUGACACUUUACGACAAAAGAAGACUGCGAGUCGCACAGAGGCGACGCAGAAAACUCAGCAUACUAAAGAGAAGUUCUCGAGGAACAGAAACAAUAGAGGUCCGAGAAAGCAAGUACGAAUCGUCAAGAUCGCAAAUGCAGCAGUUCAAGCCAACUCUUCCCGUGUGUACAUCGACGCUGUAGUGAACAACUACUCUGUCAAAUUCCUUCUCGAUACUGGAUCAGACAUCACGUUACUGAACGAGAAGAUUUGGAAGAAGAUGGGCUCCCAGCCGGCCAGUUUUUGGAAAAGACCAAUAUAG